AUGGCAUCUGAUGGUGGCUAUGCGCCGUUGCCGCCCGAGAGCGACACCCUAUACCAUCUGCCCAAUGUUCACAGGACCGGUCUCAUUGCCGUAGGAACCGCCGCCCUGAUUUCAUUCAUCUCGACCACCGGCCUAUUUCUCUUCCUUACAUACAAGCUCCUGGCUGAUCUCGUCGACAGAUGGAGUCACCCACGUCAGCGGCAACGCGGCUCUAUUGAGCAGAGCAUCGACCUGGGUGACAGACACUAUUCUAUGCACGAGUCUGUCGUUGGUCAUGACUCCAAGUCGGACACAGUUCCCAUGACCACCUCCUCUGAGAAGAGAGCUCGCAAUCCUUUUCCUCUGCUCAUCUACAACUUGUUGCUGGCCGAGAUGCAAACCGCUCUUGGAUACACCCUCAACCUUGAGUGGGUGAUUCGCGAUGGCAUCUACGUCGGCACGAGCACCUGUUGGGCUCAGGGCUGGCUGAACAACAUUGGUAUUUUGAGCAGCAGCAUCUUCUUCGUGUCCAUCUCCAUCAACACAUAUCUCUCGGUCGUCCAAGGCUGGCGACCACCUCAAUGGUUCAUAUUAACCUGGAUUACGUUCUGCUGGCUUUUGUCAGUCUUUCUCACCUCUGGUGGUAUCAUUGCCACAAACAAUGGACGAGAUGCAGGAGGCUGGUAUGUCAGAGCCAAUACCUGGUGUUGGGUCAACUCUCAGUACGCCUCAGCACGCCUUUGGGCCGAGUGGGCCUGGAUCCUCGCAUCUAUCCCCAUCACCAUCAUACUUUACACCAUGGUCUUCUGGUCUCUCUGGCGCGAGAAUAGAUCAUCAAGACACCUGCCUAGAAGACACUUACCGCUCCACGAGCCCAAUCUUCCUUCGGGUCAUCAUCCGGCAUUUCUGGUGUAUCCCUUCAUCUACAUUGCCUGUACCAGCCCCUUGGCCAUUGCGCGUCUCAUCACGGUUGCCGGAGGCAGUCCCAGUGUGACAUACUACUGCAUUGCCGGUCUGACCCUGGGCACCAACGGCUUUUGGAAUACCAUUCUAUGGUCGACCACAAUGCUAUUCAGCACGCCCGAGGACAUGCGCAACACGGGCCUUGACCAGUUUUCUUUCAUCCGGACCCCAAUCACGCGCCGCUACGGCAACAUUGUCCACAUCAAUGGCCCCGCCAGCAGGCGCACCACCAAUAACGCCAGUGGACUUGACGGCGUCGUCGGCACAUCCUCUCACGGUGGUGGAUGGUGGUGGUGGAACCUUGGCGGCCAGACGCGCUGGAAGGGCGCCCACUCGCGCAACACGAGCCAGCAGUCCCUGCACCGCGAGAUCCGCGUCACCCCUCCCCCUCCCGAGACGGGCAUCCAGCUCGAUGUGGUCACGACCGUCGAGCACGAGUUCAUCAAUGACGGCGGCGGUGCCACGGCAGCUGCUGGACACGAUGACUUGAUUCUUUCUCACCACCCCACCAAGGCCGACAGCACCAUGACUGCCGACAGCGGCAUGGGCAAGGAGUCGGCUGAUCGUAUCAGCAUGUAUCGUCCCCCGACUUUGUAA